AUGGCGGAAGUCCAAUCAGCCCGUUUAUCAAGCAACCCUUAUAGGGUGCCAGUGAUGCCAGAUGAUGUUCCCUCUAUGGACGUCUCGGAGCAGACAUGGAGUGACUCGGCGACCAAUGUCCCAGAGGAAGAAGCAUCAGAGAACUCGUCUCUGAACGAAACCUAUCAAGAGAUGCCGUCCCCAACUGCGACAAAGGCAGACCUCGCGGGCCUCCCAGAGCUACCCCAUCACCUGAGCAAACAUGUCCUAAGAAAGCUCAGACGGCUUGUGAAGAAGCGGGGCAAGGAAAUCGAAAUCAUCACCGUCUUCACCAAGGAAGGCGAAAUAGCUUGCUCGCACGAGACACCCAACCCGUCCGCUGAGCAGCCAACCUACUCUCCAAACCCCGCCGAGGGCAAGUACCUCCGCCUCGCACUGGAGCUAGGUUUCAAGCAAGAGGGGUGCCCGUUUGAGUUCGGAAACUUCAGCUGGCUCAGCGGGAUGCAGGAGGAGGUCGACGACAAGCUGACCCUGCUCGGGUCGCCCAACGGUGAGCACCCCGGGGACGGACCUCACCAGUUCUACGGCGUCCUGUCUCCCACGGGCCGGUACGUCUUCGCGGCGGUUCUCAGGGAAGGGCCCUCAGGGGUGCUGGGACCAAAGUUCAUGCGCAAGAUGCGGGAUCUGGCGGACAAGUUGGAGGUGUAUGAGCAGUGGGCCGGAAAGGGCGGGUUUAUCUCGAAGAUCGCCGCGAAGAUCUGA